CUGGUUAUUUUACCUGCACCACAUGUCCUGUACCAAUGUCCUGUGAUCUAAACUUCUUCAGAUGGCAUGAGCAGGUGUUGUACUGGACUCUGAUGAGUGAAGGGUGAAGACCACAGCAGCAGUGUUCCUGCAGUUCCCCAGUGCUGCUCACCACCAUGUCUGACACACAGCUCUGGAGGCUUGCUGACCCAGUAGUCCAUGAUCCAGAAGACACUGUGGACAUCAGCCUGCAUCACCCUGAGCUUGCUUGCCAAUCAAAGAGGCAGAAUAAUGUCUCAGAGGAACCAAACAGAGAGGCUGGAUAGUUGAAGGCCAAGUAGCAAACUCAUCUCGACCCUGUAGACCCCUUGAAGACCUCUGCUUUAGAGCUACUUUUAAUGAACAGACUGUCGGAGUAAAACACUAAUGAACGCUCUAAGGAAAUCAACAAUGCGUCACUAUUCAAUGAAUCAUUGUAUUCAGAUGUUUACAUGCUGGCUGGGGGGAUUUGCUACAUCUGUGAUAUUUUUCAAGCACUUUGAACAAAACUGCAAUGUUCGACCAGUUCCCCAACCUGUUCAACCAACUUAUAAAAACUGCACUUGCACUCUCACUCCCAACAAAGCCCCUCAGCCAGAAAAACCCAUCCUGCUAGUGUGGGACUGGCCUGAAACCAACGACUUUAGAUUCGACCCCGUUGAGUGUAAAAAAAGGUUCAACAUUGAUUCGUGCCACCUGACAGAUGACAGAAAUCUCUACAAGCGGUCAGAUGCCGUUCUCUUCUACCACAAAGCUAUUAAAGAUGAUCUGUCCAAUCUUCCCAAAGAUCCUCGUCCACAUUUUCAAAAAUGGAUUUGGUUCAACCUUGAGUCACCAACCAACACUAGACAAAAGGCAGGUUUGGAAAACAUCUUCAACCUCACCCUCACUUACAGACGAGACUCGGACAUCUCUGUGAGGUACGACGUGGACGUCAGCAAAACCCCACUUGACUUUAAGAUUCCAAAGAAAGACAAGCUCGUCUGCUGGUUUGUGUCCAACAUGAACCCUUAUACUGGAACAGGAAAAAGGACGAAGUACUAUGAAGAGCUCAGCAAAUAUAUAAAAGUGAAUGUUUAUGGAAAAAUGGCUGGAUCGCACUUUGAGGAUAAAGAUUACUACCCUAUCAUGGAAAGCUGUAAGUUCUACCUGUCGUUUGAGAAUUCCAUCCAUAAGGACUACAUGACUGAAAAGUUAAAUGGCCCAUUUGCAGUGGGGACUGUGCCUAUUGUGUUGGGACCUCCAAGAGAAAACUAUGAACAGUUUGCUCCACGUGAUGCGUUCAUUCAUGUAGAUGACUUUCCUAAUGCAACAGUGAUGGCUGAUUAUAUCCUUAAACUGGACAAGGACGAUGAGGCUUACAAAAGGUACUUUGACUGGAGAAAAUACAUGUCUGUGAUUCCCCAUUACAAAGUUUGGAAUGAUGAGUUUAUCCUGCCGAUUUGUCGUGCCUGUGAUUAUAUUGCAAGGCACAAAGAGUAUAAAGAGACACAUGAACUCUUCAAGUGGUACUUUUCAUAAUCAAUAAGAUUACCUCUUUAGUUUAUUCAGCACUUCUCAGAAGACGAUGAUAGGAAUAAAUGUUUUUAGUGGGAAUACACAUAUUCGUGUUAUAUUAUUUAUUUUUAUUUUGGUGAACCUCACAUAGAAAUAAACAGAAAUGUUUAAAACUCUAAAGCAUUAAAUUGUAAGAAUGAUAGUACUUUUCCUUUUUCAUUGUUAAAUUUUGAUUAGACAGGUUUAGUGCUAAAAAAAAAAAAAUAAACAAUAGAAAGUCAUAAAAUCAGGACUUUCCCCUGUAGUAUAUGCAAUCCCAAUUCACACCUUUUUAAUGAAAUGGUAAAAUGUCUCACUUUCAACAUCUGAUAUGUGUUUUAUGUUCUACUGUGAA